CCUUAAACACCAUGUAUUGUGACAGAUUGUUUAUUAUUAAACUUCUAACCACAAUAAGAAGGAAUUGAACCACAGUAUUGAAAUUGUUUUAUUCUGAACACAGUUCAUGAUACUCUGUGAGACGUCUUUUAGAUUCACAUAUUACACAUAUAGAUCUAAAUAAUUAAAGCAAAAUGGAAGUAGAUACUGAGGAGAUCAUUCCUGUACUUAUUGAUGAUUCUUUGGAUGAAUCUACUCAAGAAUCUCGUGAAACACCGCACAUAUUAGAGAAUGGUUCCUUGAAUCCACAUUAUUUAGAACCUCAACCUCCUUCUCAGCAUGCUUUACCGAAACAGGACAGUACAGACAGUUGUGGUGUUCCUGAAAUGAAGGCUUAUAAAAGAAGAUGGUACAUUCUCAUUGUGUUUAGUGCUUUAGCUUGUCAUCAGUGCACGGUUUGGAACACUUGGGGACCAAUAGCAAGCUCUGUUCAGGUUGCCUACGGCUGGAGUGAUGGCACUGUUGCCAUGAUGGCUAAUUGGGGUACUAUAAUGUUUGUAAUAUCAGUGGUGCCUCUUUCCUGGUUUAUAGAACACAAGGGGCUUCGUCCAACCUGUAUUUUGGUCUCGGGAUUUAUAUUAGUUGGAUCAGUGCUUCGCUGUUGUCAAGUUUUUAUAACAGACGCAAGACUAUUUUUGGCAAGCUGUCACAUUUGUUCUAUUCUUAAUGGUAUAGCUGGAGUCACUAUAAUGGCCGCUCCUCCACUUAUAUCUAGUCUCUGGUUUCCUCAGAACGAGAGAACUACAGCAACCAGUAUCAAUCAAGCAGGCAAUAUGCUUGGAAAUGGCCUUUCAAUGCUAAUAGGUCCAGCACUAGUUAUGGUAAAUGAAACAAACAGUAAUGAUACAUCUAAAUUUGAUUAUCUAUCAAAUUUUGGAAUACAAUUAAUAAAAAUUCCGUUCAACAGAGACAAAGAGGACAUAAAACAUGAUAUAAACACCUACAUGUAUGUUGACGCUGCCAUAGCUGCAAUACUCUUUACAUUGUUUUGUAUUUACUACCCCUCGAGGCCUGAAUUAGCACCCACAGCAACAUCGGUUAUUACAAGAACAACUUUUUCUACUGGCAUAAAGAACCUUGUUACAAAUAGAGAUGUUCUUCUUGUUUGCUUUGCAUACAGUCUCUCUCAGGGGAUUAUGGGGGCAUGGAUGAGUGUUAUUGUUUUCAAUCUGAGGGAUCUAAACAUAACAGAUCAGGAGGUUGGAUACAUAGGACUUGGAUCAGUCAUAGGUCAAUGCUUCACAUCCAUGUUGGCUGGAUUUUUCACAGACAAACUUAGAAACAAGAUGAAAUUAACAUUAGUUUUACUUCUAUCCAUAUCAGGAUCUCUUUUCCUUCUUCUGAUACUGAUGUGCCUGAAGAUUGUACCAUCUAACUAUUUGAUAUUCUGCAUUGUGAUAAUAGCUGCCACUUCCCUUAACUACGCCUGUUGUCCACUCUUCUUUGAGCUCUGUGUUGAGAUAGCGUACCCGAUCAGCGAAAGUUUGGUGGGUGGAUUCCUUACAUCAAUGAACAAUCUAGUAGGAAUUAUAUUUCUUUUCUUAUUCUUCAUUCCAAACAUUGGAUCCCUAUGGAUCAACUAUCUUCUUCUUGGAUCAGUAGUUUUCUCUAUACCAGCUGUUCUACUAACAAAAGAACGCUAUAACAGAAGUAGAGUGGAUGAAAUAGUUAACAGUAUGACUCAAUAAAAAUGAUGCCUAUUGUAAAGUCA